AUGAUGGCCAGCCCCUGGGACGAAGACAUCCUUGACAAAGAGUUCAAGAUCUUAACACCUCUAGGUGUAGGUUCUUUCGGGGAGGUGAAGCUUGCCUGCCACAUUCCCACCAAAACACAGGUUGCUGUCAAGAUUCUUAGUAAAAAAAGCAAUGCUCUGGGUAAGAUGAACUCUGAAGUAAAGAUCCUUCAGACUUUGGAACACAGUAACAUCAUUCAUUUUUUUCACGCCAUUGACACACAGUCAAGGACUUAUAUAAUCACAGAGUAUGUGGCUGGAAAGGAUCUACAGAUGUUCCUCAGUGAGGUUGGAUGUUUAAAGGAGCAGGAGGCUAGACCCAUCUUCCAACAGGUCGUAUCAGCGGUGCAUUUUCUCCACCAAAGACGCAUUGCACAUCGCGAUAUUAAAUUGGAGAAUAUCCUUAUUGACGGAGAUGGCAACGUCAAGCUUUGUGAUUUUGGUAUGGCAAUUCAUCUUGCAAAGGGGCAGAUGUUGAAAAAAGUCUGUGGUUCUUUGCACUAUAUGGCUCCAGAGAUGUUGGCAAGGAAACCUUAUGAUGGGCUGGCUGUUGACAUGUGGAGCUUGGGAGUCGUCCUAUAUGCAAUGGUCACAGGACAAUAUCCAUAUGCAGAAGACACAUUACAUGGUAUGCACAGGCUCAUCACCAACACAAAGUAUCCCAUCUUCGAUCACUUGUCAAAACCCUGUCACAUCACCAUUGCACAAUUACUCAUGGUUCCCACCAACAGGAGAAUAACAAUAUGUCAACUUCUGAAAAGACCGUGGCUGGGCCCCAUAAAAAAACAUACAACACCUACAACUAAAGAAAUCCUUCCAAGGCUUGUAGAGACUAUGUGCACCAUGGGUUAUAACUUGGAAGAUAUUUUUUCAUCACUAAGAUACAGGCAACCAAAUGAAGUAACAGCAACUUUUAAUAUUCUAAAACACAAAUUGAGGUGUGAGAGCAGUUUCCAGCAAACUGAGCAUCCGUGUUUAAAGAGAAGCCACAUAGAUGCUCAUCACCCUCUAUUCUCAUUGAAGAGGAGAGCCAGUGAACCAGCCCUUGCACCAAAUAGAGAAGCUAGGAAGAGACAAUCUAAAGAAGAAGGUGUAGAAGGAAGACACAAGAAAUGUCAAAGUCUUAUGAAGCUCAACAAAUACUCCUGCCUGGAGCUGAAACCCUUUUCAGACGUCACAGUCCCAGAAGGAGAUGUCCUGAUGGCUAAUGUUAUCAAGUGUACUACUGGGGACAUUGGAGACAACAUGAAUUCUUUGGACAGCUCGCCUGGUGAUCUCUCCUUAUCUGAAUCACCCUUGGAUGGAAGACCCACAUUGUUUCUGAACAUGGACUUCUCGAGUAAGGAACUAUCCCUGGAACCCAAUAUGCCCAAUGACCAGCCUCAGAUCGGAUCCACAAGCUCUGCAUCCAGGCCAUUCACGGGCUGGAAACGGAUGAGGAAGCGAAUUUCGUAUGUUCUCGGUGCACUGUUGAUCUGUGGCAUGCCCAUUCCAGACUGA